AACAUUUUAGGUGCGGUGGGAAUCCUACAUAUAUGUUAUAAAUGAUAAAAGAUAACACUAUUUGCCGGAUAUGUUAAACUAAGCAUAUCUGCAUAUCUAUUUUUUAUUACUUAAAAAUAAAAGAGCACACAUUUGCAAGCUUUGACACUCAAAAAUGGCUCCAAGUUCCGAAGAUGGAAACUCCUUAUUCAACUUCGUGGUCCGAGACGGCAACGGCGUCAAAGGAUUGACAGAUUCAGGCCUAUCAAAAGUGCCCGACCAAUACAUCCAACCACCAAACGAGCAAUUUGGCAAAACCACUGCCGCACAUCCACACGACCAACCGGCAAUCGACUUAUCGGGCCUUGAUGGGCCCAACCAUGAUCAGGUGGUUGAGGCUGUUGCUAAGGCUGCUGAGACUCUUGGGUUUUUCCAGGUGGUGAAACACGGUGUGCCGGUGCAGUUGCUGGAGGCGGUGAAGGAGGGGGCUCACCGGUUCUUUGGGCAGCCAACGGAGAAAAAGGCGGUGUAUAUGAAAGGAGUGAGUACGAGUCCGUUGGUGAAGUAUGGGACGAGCUUUUUGCCUGAGGUAGAGAAGACCUUGGAGUGGAAGGACUUUCUUAAUAUGGUUUAUACUAAUGAUGAAGAUGCUCUUCAACAUUGGCCUAAUCAGUGCAAGGAAGCGGCACUGGAGUACCUCAACACAUCGACCCAGUUGGUGAGGAGACUAUUGGCAGCAUUAAUUGGGCAUCUUGGAGUGAGAGUAGAUGAGUCUAGAGUUGAAGCACUUAUUGGGCUAAGGAUGGUAAACAUGAACUUUUACCCACCAUGUCCCAACCCAGAGCUCACAGUAGGAGUGGGCCGCCACUCGGACUUAGGCAUCCUAACCGUCUUACUACAAGACGGCAUUGGUGGUUUGUAUGUCAAAGUAGAAGAUGACACAAAUUCUAGAAGAAAUCGAGGAGAAGAGUGGAUGGAAAUACCACCCAUCCCUGGAGCUCUGGUCAUCAAUGUUGGUGACACCCUUCAGAUACUGAGCAAUGGAAGGUACAAAAGCGCUGAACACAAAGUGCGUACCACAAGCACUCAAUCAAGAGUUUCAAUCCCUCUGUUCACUAUGCCACGAUCAUCAGAGAAAAUUGCGCCACUGCCUCAUCUAGUGGAGAGGGAUGGUGUGGCUCGAUAUCAAGAAUUUAUAUUUGACGAUUACAUGAACAACUUUUUUAGUAAUGCCCAUGAAGGAAAGAAGCCCCUCGAAUUUGCUCAAAUCAAUUCUCAGUGAUGCCAAGUCUCUUCUAUUAAUGUGUUCUUAUUUUUCCACUCAUCUUCUCCAGUUGAAAUAAUUCCACUUUUACUUAAUCACAAGUGUAUUGUUUGGUGAAUUGUACUUUUGAUUUGAAAUUUGAAAUGUUUUGGGACAACAAAAACAGUUUCGCCUCUAGAGGGCAUGAAAUUCAUGUCGAAACUCCUAAUUCAUGCCUAGUUUCUAUAUACUUUGAUUAAAGAAUAUGGAAAUA